UUCUUCUUAAAAAAUCCCAUCUUUACUUUUUCCAAUGGCUCUCUUCACAUCCAUCUCCACCAUCACCAGACCACUCACCAUCGCCGUACCCAUCAUCCAUGGUGGACCUUUCAAGAACCCCAAACGCUUCUCCCAUACCUUUUCACCCAUUACUGCUUCUCUCAGCCCUUCUUCUUCCCCUGAAUCAAAAUCAACCUCAAACACAAACUCAACCCCAAUUGUUGACCCCAUUCAUGUCUCCUCUGCUUCUUCACACUCCUCCUCUCCCAAACAGCCCAAUUCCAGCUUCAAUUACGCUUUCGCCAACUCCAGCGGCAGCCCUCUUCUUCGAUUUUUCCGAUCCACUGAAUCCAACAUUGAAAGGGUGAUUUUCGACUUCCGAUUUUUGGCACUUUUCGCAGUUGCAGGUUCAUUGGCUGGUUCCCUCUUGUGCUUUCUCAAUGGUUGCAUUUACAUUGUUGAUGCAUAUAAAGUUUACUGGAAUAGCUGUGUUAAAGGGAUUCACACUGGACAAAUGGUUCUGCGGCUAGUCGAAGCAAUUGAUGUUUAUCUUGCUGGGACUGUCAUGUUGAUCUUUGGCAUGGGCUUAUACGGAUUGUUUAUCAGCAAUGUGCCUCCUGAUGUGCCUUCCGAUGUUGAUCGAGCGCUUAAGGGUUCUUCCCUCUUUGGAAUGUUUGCAUUAAAGGAGAGGCCAAAAUGGAUGAAGAUAAGCUCAUUGGAUGAGCUGAAAACCAAAGUGGGACAUGUUAUUGUGAUGAUUCUGCUAGUGAAGAUGUUUGAGAGGAGUAAGAUGGUGCAAAUAACAACUGGAUUGGAUCUUCUCAGCUAUUCUGUUUGUAUAUUUUUGUCAUCUGCUUCUUUGUACAUUCUCCAUAAUCUUCACAAGGGAGAGUUGGACUAAGAGGAAUAGGAACUUUUAUUCAUGUUUGUAUGUAUGUAUAUAUAUAUAUAUAUACAUAUGUACGUGUGUGUAUAUACAGCAACAAAAAGAGAAAUGGAAGUAUAUGGAUUUAACAGUCAAAUUUAUAGAAACAUUUUUCAUGUGAA